CAAUAACAAAAAGAAACAAAAGUAAAAAAUGAACAAGAACAUCACAGAAUUUUGAUUCAUUGUUACAGCUGAACCGAUUCUAUUAAACGAGUCGAUUAAAAGGAAUCGAUUCGAUUUGGAAUCGCACAUCACCUCGCAGUAGAGCGCGCAGGAGGGAGCAGGAGGGAAAAGGAUCCAGAAGGAAGGAGCUGGGAACUCGGAGGCCACUUUGGAGUCGGGAUUGGAGUCGGGAUGUGACUGUACACACACCGGACAAACCGGAGGACACCGCGAGCCACAAAAAAAAAAAAGCCCCUGGAUUUUAAUCCGUGCCUCGCGAGCUUCACGGCGUCUUUGUGGCAGUAAAGCGCGUGCAGGAGACGCGCAUCAUGCGGGUUGGAGAGCUUUAGAGCUUUCAGAGCUUGCUCAGAGCUGAGUGUGCACAUUUCCCGGAGAGAGCAGAGCCGACCGGAUCCUAUGCGCUGUGUGGAGACGUUAAUAACGGCCACACGAGCCGGAGCGAGCCGCCAACUUCUCCACAAACGUCCGUGUGAACGGGAAGCAACUUUUGACAUGGCCAUUGUUCUGUUUUUGGCACUUGGUAGUCGGUGAUAUAUUACUCCAGGCCUGCAUUUUGAACAAAGACGUGGCAGGAAGAUGGAUUAAGAAACUUUUCUUUAUUGUUUGCGGUAACUGUUCCAUGUCUUUUUUUUUCUUUAGUAGUUUUCUUUGACACGAUGGCAACAAAAAGGAGUGUUGUAGUCUUGUGUUAUUGUCAGAGAAGAUCAAACGUGUAGUGUAACGACUCUUAUUGAACAAAAAAACCACACACACACACACACGCACGCACGCGCGCGCUACUUAGUUUUUAAAAAAUGCGCAUUUUAUUUUGGGGUAUGGUUAUUUUCCUAAAAUAACUAAUCAGGCAGCACUAAUCCCAGGCUGUGUGUAUGGUGUAUGGCUUGAGUACAGCACCGGGACUGAACCGCUCUCUUUGAUGGAGUUUUACGCCGUCCAGAGGGCCUUGGAUGGGAUUUUCACUCCGCAGCUGGAUGGCACGCCGGCGGAUCGCUACCGUUUGACCGGGACACCGUUCAGCUUCCAGAUCGCGACCGAGCGACCGGGACGAUCCGGUCUGGACGCGAAGCUUCCAGGAAGGGCACCUGGAGGCAGAAGCGCACCUCUUUGAGGACUGUGAUUCUUUUUUGUUUGUUUGUUUGAGUGUGUGUGGAUUGUAUCACCUAUUGGAAGUGUAAAACCCGUGUCCCUGCCCUGCAAACGUGAUUGCAGGCAGGCAUGCAGCUGAACCGGCCCCGGAGCGCGCUGAUCGGCUUCAGCCCGCCGCCACCGCCGCCGCCGCCGUCCGACCCGCACCCGACCUUCUCCAGCCAGUUCAAGACGAUGCGCUUUUCCUACCACCUCAGCCCGCAGCCCGGAUCCCGCAGAACCGGCCCGUCCGCGUCCAGUCCUCGGCUCCUGACUAAGAGUCUGUCUCUGGAGCCAGGCCCAUGUCCAGGAGCCCAUGAGGCCCCUCAGCGUCUCUGUUCGGACCCCGGGCCCCUGGGACUGCAGCAUUGCAAUGGCACAAGCGAGAGCGAGCCUCAAAACGCCCCACCUUUGCCCCCAAAAACACGGCCGCCAUUACCCGGUCCCAAACCACAAGUGCCCCCGAAACCACCACAUCUCCAACAACAGAGCGGCCGCCGACCCCGGCCCCCGGACAAACCCCUGCCCCCGCCUCCAUCCCGCCCACUCCCAGCAGACCCUCGCCAAUCACGGACAGGCCUGCCGCGGGCCGAGGGAAGCUCCUCCCCGACGUGUGUCCUGUCACUCAUCGAGAGAUUUGAGAGGGAGCAAAUCAUCAUGGUGCCUGAUAUCACAGGGGGAGUGAUGUGUAUGCCGAGGGUACCUGAACCACAGCCCACUACAGACUCUAUUUUACCCUGCACUUCCCUCAACGAGCCCGUGGAGCCUCCUUCUGUCGAGAAGGAGCAGGAAAAAGAAACGGAGGAAGAGGAGGAAAAAGAGGAGGAAGUCAAAGAGGAAGGGGAGGUACAGGAGGACAUAGAGGAGGAUGAUAAUGAGCUGGGAGCCUCCUGCUCGGAAAAGCGACUCUCCACAGAGUCCGGCUACGGCGCCUCCGAUAAACUCCUGGACGCAAUGGAGAUAAGAGACCUCGGCCAAUCGGAAAUCCCCCCUGACCGCCUGUCCCUUCCUCCGCAGCAAACAGACACUAAACUAGCUAAUCGGGACAGCGGCAUUGACAGCAUCAGCUCUCCGUCUCACAGUGAGGAACUGUGCUUCGCCAGCGAUGACAGAGAGGUGUGCAUGUCUCUUCCUCGCCUCUCCUCCUCUUCCUCAUGCGGUUGUGUGGAAGGACCAGCAGGAGAAGGAGCUGUCGCUGCCGUGGAGGAAGGAACGAGGGACUCGGAGGGAGACAGUGAUUUGGAAGAAGGGAGCGGGGAUGAGAGCGAGAACGCCAUGGCCAUAGGGCCUCAGCCCAAAGCAGAGAGACAGGACUCUGUUGAGCUAUCAGUGCAGCAGCGUGUGUUUAACAUCGCCAACGAGCUCCUCCACACGGAGAAGGCGUAUGUGUCCAGGCUUCACCUCCUGGACCAGGUGUUCUGCGGGCGGCUGAUGGAGGAGGCGCGAGCACGAGGCUCUUUCCCCUGCGAGGUGGUGAUGGGCAUCUUUUCCAACAUCUGCUCUAUCUACUGCUUCCAUCAACAGUUCCUGCUGCCAGCUCUGGAGAAACGCAUGGAGGAAUGGGACGUGAACCCGCGGAUCGGGGACAUCCUCCAGAAACUGGCUCCCUUCCUGAAGAUGUACGGCGAAUAUGUGAAGAACUUUGACACGGCCAUGGAGCUGGUGAACACCUGGAUGGAGCGCUCGUCACAGUUCAAAGCCAUCAUUCACGACAUUCAGAAAGAGGAGAUGUGCGGAAACCUCACCCUACAGCACCACAUGUUAGAGCCCGUACAGCGGAUCCCUCGCUACGAGCUCCUUCUGAAGGACUACCUGCACCGGCUGCCCGAGGAUGCUGAGGACUUUAAAGAUGCACAGAAAUCUUUAGAGCUGAUUGCUACAGCAGCUGAGCAUUCCAACGCAGCCAUUAGGAAAAUGGAGCGCAUGAGGAAGUUGUUGAAAGUGUAUGAGCUGCUCGGGGGAGAAGAGGACAUUGUGAACCCGACUAAUGAGCUCAUUAAGGAGGGACACAUCCUCAAACUGUCGGCCAAGAACGGAACCUCGCAGGACAGAUACCUCAUUCUGUUCAACGACCGGUUGCUGUAUUGUGUCCCUAAACUCAGACUGAUCGGACAGAAAUUUGGAGUGCGGGCACGGAUUGAUGUAGACGGCAUGGAGCUGAAAGAGACGAGCAGUAUGAACAUGCCACGGACGUUUCUGGUGUCGGGAAAACAGCGAUCUCUCGAGUUACAGGCCAGGACUGAAGAAGAAAAGAAAGACUGGAUUCAGGCGAUCCAGGCCACUAUCCAAAGGCAUGAGCAGAGCGUGGAGACGUUCAGGAUGUUGAACUGUUCGGUGCGUGAGGAUGAUUGCACGCCCCCCAACUCUCCGAACUGCACAGAGCUGGGAAAGCGUGCUCCCACUCCGAUCCGGGAAAAAGAAGUGACGCUGUGUAUGAAGUGCCAGGAGCCGUUCAACUCCAUUACCAAGAGACGCCACCACUGCAAAGCAUGUGGACAUGUGGUAUGUGGAAAAUGCUCGGAAUUCCGUGCCCGGUUGUUGUAUGAUAACAAUCGAGCAAAUCGUGUGUGUAUAGACUGCUAUACUACGCUGGUGGGAGUCCCGCCCUCUCCGGCCAGCUUGACCAAUAGUACUCAGAGAAGACGCUCCAUUUUAGAGAAACAGGCCUCUGUGGCGGCGGAGAACAGUGUCCUGUGCAGCUUCCUGCACCACAUGGAGAAGGGCAGUGGCCGUGGCUGGCAGAAAGCCUGGUUUGUCAUCCCUGAAAACGAACCUCUGGUGCUUUACAUUUAUGGUGCUCCACAGGAUGUGAAGGCCCAGCGCAGCAUCCCUCUCAUUGGCUUCGAAGUCUCCCUCCCCGAGUCAUGUGACCGUCUGGAGCGGCGCUACGCCUUCAAAAUGAGCCAGAGUCACCUGACUGUUUACUUCAGCGCCGAGGGGGAGGAGCUCCAACGCCGCUGGAUGGAGGUGCUCUCCAGAGCCGGGAGAGGGGAGGAGCUACAGGUGCACGGUCCAAUCUCGGAGGCUCUGGAAGAAGAAGCGGAGGAACCGAGCUCUCUAGGAGAAAGCACAUGAUUGGUUUAUGAAAUCUCUCUUUUUUUGCACACAUAAACUGUACAAAUGUGACAAGAAGGACAGUUAUCUGCCAUAAAUACACACACCUAGACAUGCACACAUAAACACACACAGACACACACGCAUACACACACAGACACACCUUCACAAGUUUUACACAAACCUGUUCUAAUUGUCAGUCGUAAGUUGCAUGAAAUAUCUACAGGUAUGUUUCUCUGUGUAUUGCUCAUCCUCUGUGAGUGUGAUCGCCCUGCACAUGGUGCGCCAAACACCGUGUCAGUAUAGUCACCCUGCUUUAUAUCGUCUCUCCUCCUCCGCAGCUGAAGAGUUCUCUGUUAGAUAGAUCUGCUCUUUUUUCCAGACCAUUGCUGUGCUGUUUUAAAUGACUGCCGGCGUUUCAGUGCUUGCAAACUCGUUUUGGGAGAAGACGAUGUGAUCAGGCGACUAAGUAGAAAGUAACAAACAUGAACAGAGUCAGAAUAGAGAAGGCCGUAGUGCGAUGGACAACAUUUCCUCUGCAAGGUUUACAGUUUUGUAAAGAGCAAUCCAGUGGUGCAGAUUAACAGGAAUCAUAGCUAAAAUGAAAGAAUUGUCUCGAAGGUGUAUCAUUUUCUUCUUACUAAGACUAUAGUGUACAGGGUCUCCCAUAAAAAUGCCAAAAAUGAAAUCUUUUUUUAUAGAACUUGCCCACCAGUUUUCUCAAUACACAACUUCCUAUGAGAAUUUAAAAACAUACAUUAACCCUGUGAUGCUGAACUUAAGGGACACCUUGUACAGCAAUAUAUAAUAUAUAUGCAGUAUAUAUGUUACGCUUUAUAUGGGUCAAUGGGUUUGCACUGUCAUACUGUAUAACAACAGUAUUUUAUAUUAAAAUAAAACAUUUUUUAAUUGGCUCAAAGUAUACAGUUCUAUAUACUGUAUGUCUAUAAAUGGAAAACAUUAAAUUAAAUAUAUCACACGAACGUCAUGCAGAUAAACAGAGAGAAAAGUAUAGCUGCAAAAUUUAUAGACUUCAUAUAGAAUGUUUAUUUACUGGUAUAUAAUUCUUACAGUUUGAUUUUUGUACAUUUUAUCCAAGUAGCAGAACCAAAAAGGAUUUAUUUGUCUGUUAUCGACAUUGCAAUGGGCUGAAUUUAUGUUCAUUCCAAAUUAAAAUGUGUUUCUGAUUUUAAAAAAUUUAAAAAUUAAAAAACAAAAUUUAAAGAAAAAAUGGAAAUGUAUAGGGAACCUCUCAGUUCCAAAUAUAAUGGCAAGACAUUUCUUCUUCUUCUUCUUCUUCUUCUUCCCUAUUUUAUUCACUUAGACCCAUAUACAGU